AUGUUAUCUCGCAGGGAAAAGUUAUUAGUGCAGCCUUGGGAGGAUCGUCGAUAUAAGGAUCAUAGACAAAAGGUGCGCGGCGCGCGCGCGGCGGUGGACGCGGCCGCCCCGCCGGCGCGCGCGCACGUGGCGCUGAAGCUCAAGAAGUGCCAGCGCGAGCGCGAGCGGCGCGACAAGCUGUGCGCGGACAACUUCAGCUUGCUGCAGCGCCUCGCGCACGUCAUGGCCGACAACCGCCUCGACAACCACUGGGACCGCCCGCUGCCUAACUUCCACCAGAAGGUGGGUCAGUUCUACGCGUGCGCGGAGGUCCGUCACCGUGCGAGCACGCGCGCUCUGCCGGACGGGCCGCCACAGACAGCCGCCAGGGUAAAGUGCUACGCGUGCGAGCACCGGAAAAAGAAGAACAAUACAUCCAAAGCACUCGAAGAUGAACUCAAACUGCCUUCAAUUUAUUAA